CUCACAGAAACUUUCUUGCCUUUUUUCCAAUAUGAAGACAAUCACAGCUAAGAGCCCCCACGAUUCUUCUUUCUCUUUCUCGAGACGAUAUUUCAACUGGAAAAAGAAGGUCGAAGAUGAUGAUGAUGGUGACAACGAGGAAGAAAUCCUAACGUUCAGCUCCUCGUCUCAUUUUUGUGUUGAAGCCAAGAAAGCAGAUGAGCUUCGAAUCCCGGUGCCCGGUCAAGUUUCUUUAGCUCCAGCAGCACCGAGAAAGAAACUGGCAAUCGUAUCGGUUUCUAAGCUUCGGUCAGCUCUGAGUGUGUUCGGUAAGAAUCGUUCUGUAUAUCGUUCAGGUUUAGGCACUAAAGUCAUAGGAACCCUGUUCGGAUACCGGCGUGAUCACGUUCAUUUUGCGUUUCAAGAAGAAGCAAAACUAAGUCCGGCGUUUUUAAUCCAGCUCGCAAUAUCAACUAGUGUUUUAGUCAAGGAAAUGGCCUCUGGGUUGGUUAGAAUCACCUUGGAGUGUGAAAAGAAGAUAGGGAAGAAAGGGAUGAAGCUGCUGGACGAGCCUGUUUGGCGGACUUACUGCAAUGGCAAGAAAUGUGGGUUCGCAACGAGGCGCGAGUGCGGACCCGAGGAGUGGAAAGUGUUAAAAGCCGUGGAGCCUAUUUCGAUGGGCGCCGGUGUGUUACCGGGAAGCUGCAAGGGGAAUGGAGGUGGUCCCGAAGGUGAGCUGAUGUACAUGAGAGCCAGAUUCGAGAGGGUCGUAGGGUCUAAAGAUUCGGAAGCCUUUUACAUGAUGAAUCCCGAUGGCUCCGGUGGCCCUGAACUCAGUGUUUAUCUGAUUAGAGUUUAGGGUCGUUUUGUUUUGGUGCACCAAGCUUUAGAUUUUGUUGUUAAGCAAUGAAGAAGAUGUACGUAUAGUGGAGGACCUGGAGGUUU